AUGGAAGACGAUGUGAAGGCAAACUUCAAGAAACUCAAGGAGAACACGGACGUACGAAUGAAAGAGUACAAAGUGGACAAGAAGGUGGAUGUGUACGUUGGAAUGCAGGAGGUCAUCAAGCGAUGGGUAAUCUUCUGCCCUCUGGUUGGCGAGCUCUCCGACCCGUCCAUGAGGCCCAGACAUUGGUCGGCUUUGGUGACUCUCUGUGACAAGCAGCUGGAGGUCUCAAAGGAGCUCCUUCUCCGCGACAUGUGGAACAUGGAGCUUCACAAGUUUCCGACAGAGUUGCAAGAGCCGGGCGGUGUUCCCGCGGCAGAGAUGGUUGGUGCGCGAAGACGGAGCAUAGGCCUUCAUGCUUCUGCCUGGCUGUGGCUAUGCAUUCGAUGUGAUGGAGCUGGUCAGAAGCCGACCAGAGAAGCUGUGUCCUUCGACUGCAACCUGACCUUCUCCGAGCCGGUCGGUGGCAUGGUCUGGGGCAUCGCCGUAGAUGAGACUCAUGGUCUGCUCGUCGCGCCAUCACUCGAUUACAUGGUGUAUGUCUGGAACAUGACUUGGGCAGAGCCUGCGCGUUGGGAGCGGCACAUGCUUGACGGGCACAAGGACGAGGUUUGGAGAGUGGCAGUGCUUUCGGAGCCAGAAGUUGGGGACAAGCCCGCGAAGCCGCGCUUCCUCACCGGAUCCUUGGAUGGUACGGUGAAAGUCUGGAGCAAGACUGGCGAGGGAUUUCGGGGCCAGCUGCUCUACAACACGAGCCACAUGGUCACAGCGCUGGCAUCUUCAGCGUGGAUUGCGCACGGCGACAAGAGCGGCCUGAUCGGUGUGUGGUGGCACCCUGGAAAGUGGUAUCGAGCUUUGCAGGCGGACUCUAUCAUGAUCCAGGCCUUGGCCUUCAUGCACAAGAAUCUUUUAGUCGCAGCUUCUGACGAUGGGUGGGUGCGAAUUUGGAAUGUGACGGUAGGUGAGGUGCAGCUCGCGUGGCGUGCCAACAACGGUAGCGUUGUCAGCUUGGCUGUGGAUCAAUCCCUGGCCACAAGUGGCUAUGACCGAAUGGGGAUACGCGAGCCCUGGUCACUCCAGCUCUGGGAUCCAGAGACUUCGCGGCUGCUUUCAGCGACCCGCAAGUUUGGCGUGGUGACCCAUGUUGCGAAUUUUGGCCGUGACCAUCUGGUCUUUGGCGGGCCAGAUCAUCUCUUGUACAUUGUGCUGCUGCCAACUUGGGAAGUGGUCCAAACCUUGAAAGGGCCCGAAGAUGCGGUCCAUGCGCUGCAUACAUUUGAUGGUUUGAUUGCCAGCGGCAGUGCCGAUCGGAUGGUGAGGCUGUGGCGGUGCUAUCGCACAGCUUGCGAUUCUGAUGACUUCACAGGUUUCUGGCAGCGGCGAAAAAUGGAAGAGUGA